GUCCCUUCAGCCCCUCCGAUAUAGAACCAACCGAUAGGACCAACCAAUAGGAUAGUUACCUGACACUCAUUCUUUGCAGAGCUGAAAGUCAUGGCUGCAAGCACUGGGGUAGAUACACCUACAGUGAGAGACAUAUUUACUUCCAUGCAGUAUGGACCUGCUCCUGAGGCUGCCGGUAUUGCACAGGCUUGGCUUGACUCUCAUGAACGCAGCUUUGGACAUUUUAUUGGUGGCAAGUGGGUAAAACCAGAUGGUAGACAGACAUAUGCUACUAAGAACCCUGCGACUGGAGAGACUUUGGCCACCACAAUCCAGGGAAAUGAGGAUGAUGUGGAAAUGGCUGUCAGCACUGCACGGAAAGCUUUCGGAAGUUGGAGCAAGCUCCCUUGUCAUGUCCGAGCUCGACAUCUGUACAGCAUUGCCCGCACUGUCCAGAAACACCAACGGUUGCUGAGCGUGCUAGAAAGCAUGGACAAUGGGAAGCCCAUUCGUGAAUCACGUGACUGUGAUGUCCCUCUGGUAGUUCGCCAUUUUUACCACCAUGCUGGUUGGGCGCAGCUCAGGGACACAGAGAUGAAUGGAUGGAAACCUCUUGGUGUUGUUACUGCCAUUGUUCCCUGGAAUUUCCCACUGAUGUUACUGACCUGGAAGAUAUGUCCUGCACUUGCAAUGGGAAAUACUGUAGUACUGAAACCUGCCACAUAUACACGGUUGACAGCUCUGCUCCUGGCAGAGAUCUGUGCUGAAGCUGGCCUUCCGCCUGGUGUCUUUAAUGUGGUCACUGGUAAUGGCGCCUUUGGCGAGAAACUGGCCAUUCACCCUGAUGUGGAUAAAGUAGCAUUUACUGGCUCUACCGAGGUUGGACGCACUCUUCGUAAAGCAACAGCCGGCACUGGGAAAAAGUUAUCCUUGGAGCUGGGUGGAAAAUCUCCAUUCAUUGUGUUUGAUACAUCUGACCUCGACAGUGCCGUAGAAGGACUUGUGGAUGCCAUUUGGUUUAAUCAAGGCCAGGUUUGCAGUGCAGGAUCCAGGCUUCUCAUGCAAGAGAACAUUGCUGAAGAUUUGAUCCACAGACUCAAGCAGAGAAUGUCCCAUCUGAGGGUUGGGGACAGUCUGGACAAAAGCAUUGAUAUGGGAGCUCUGGUGGAUGAAAGUCAAAAGAAAACAAUCAGUGAGUUUGUGGAGGAGGCGCGUGCAGAAGGUGCUGAGGUUUACCAAGCUCCUGGCCCUCUACCUAAAAAAGGCUUAUUCUACCCACCGACCCUAAUCACUGGUGUGGACACCACAUCUCGCUGUGUCAGAGAGGAGAUUUUUGGACCAGUCUUGGUUGCAAUGACUUUCCGCACUGCAAAAGAAGCCAUUGCUCUGGGGAACAACACCCCCUAUGGAUUAGCAGCAAGUGUCUGGACAGAAAAUCUACCAUUAGCCCUGGAGGUAGCACUGAGCAUUAAAGCUGGAACUGUGUGGAUAAAUGGACACAACAUGUUUGAUGCAGCCGCUGGCUUUGGUGGAUAUAAGGAGAGCGGAUUCGGUCGUGACGGUGGGAAAGAGGGGCUUUAUGAAUAUGUGAGACCAUCCUGGGAGAGCAGACCCCAACCGAACCUUGCAGAUGUGAACUAUAAAACAUUCGCUGUUACUUACGGAUCUGAUGUACCUCCUAUUCCUGGGCAGAAAAACAUCAGCCCAUCUGUGGUUAAAAUUCAGGAUGCAGAAAUCCCUAGUGUUGACAGGACCUACAAGCUGUAUUAUGCUGGGGCCCAAAAGCGUCCAGAUGGCAUGUACUCUCGACCUGUCUGUGGAUCUGAUGGGACUGUCCUAGCAUAUGUGGCGGAUAGCAGCAGAAAGGAUGUGCGCAAUGCAGUAGAGGCUGCUCACAAGGCAGCUCCGGGAUGGGGCAAGAGAGCAGCACACAACAGAGCACAAAUUGUGUACUACAUGGCAGAAAACCUUGAGCUGAGGAGAGAUGAAGUAGCCCAGAGGUUGAACACCUUGACUGGACAGUCCAAGGAGAUGUGUUUGCAAGAAGUGGACCUCAGCAUUCAACGGCUCUUCUAUUGGGGAGCAUACUGUGACAAAUAUGGCGGCAAUGUACAGGAAACGUUGCUUUAUGGAGCCACAGUGCUAAUUCGAGAACCCGUUGGUGUAGUAGGAAUCGCUUGUCCAGAUGAAAAUCCUCUCUUAAGCUUCGUCAGCCUCUUUGCGCCAGCAAUUGUCCGUGGAAAUGUUGUGGUAGUAAUACCAAGUGAAAAGUUCCCUCUGCCAGCACUAGACUUUUACCAGGUAUUUGACACAUCAGACCUUCCAGGAGGAGUAGUGAACAUCCUUUCUGGGGGACGAGACCACAUAGCGAAAUAUCUAGUGGAACACCAAGACGUGCAAGCCAUGUGGUACUUUGGAUCUGAACAGGGAUCUAAGUUUGUAGAGUGGUCAUCUGCUGAAAACUGUAAGCGGACAUGGGUGAACUAUGGCCUUACCAGAGACUGGGAGGAUCCCCAACAAGGAGCGGGUGAAGAGUUCCUGUAUCAGGCCACACAGUGUAAAAAUAUCUGGAUACCCAUGGGGGAGAUUUUUGCAAACUAACCUUGAUUAGGGCCUUAUGAACAAUUCACAUCCCUGUAAUAUUUUUUUGUAUUCCGGUUAAGGUACCUUUUUAUGUGCCAUAUAGUAUAUACCUCAGGGAGUUAAAUGUUAUCAUUGAAGGACCAAUAAAGCAUCCCAUUAAAAAUUGUCACCCUCACAUGCUAAACCCUGAAUAUUGAAUAUGCAGAUGCAAGAUAAUGAUCAUUCGUAAUGAUUCUUCCACCAUUUUGAUGUAAAGACUGCAAGACUUGUAGGAUUUCAAUGUAUGGUAACUUCAUUUUGAAUGCCUGUAAGUAUAUUGCAGUAUGAGUCUUACAUUUUCAAUAAACUUAUACAUUUCAGAAA